GAGGGCUUGAGACUGACGCUGUCUAUGACCAGUUCCUUCUCAGUUCUGAACCGCCCUUGUCCCGCGCCAGAGCCUCCCGGGUCAAUGUGAAGUGCCGUCUGCUCCUGAUCCUAAGCCUGUGCUGGGACUACUGGGUGAACAGGGUCAGAUCUCCCCGCGCGUGAAUCUAAAGAAGCCCUGGUCCUUUAGGGGCUCUGUGGAGUUACAGCCCAGGGCACCCCUUCCCGAGUUCUGACAGAUUGGCUGGAGCUUCAGAAAGUGGGCCUUUAGACAGGAGUGUUUGGGUCUGGGUGCUCAGGGGAGGAGGAGGGCUGGGCAGGGGCCUCAGGCAGGGGCUGGCCUGGGGUCUCAGGGAACGAACGUGCUGGAAUCGCUCUGCCUUCCCUACUAAGGGUCUGAGGACACAGGCCCAUCUGUAUCCCCGUCAUGGGGACCCUGGGGGUCCUCGUUUUGGCAUUGGCUUCAGGCCUGAGCACUGCCGGCCCACCUAACAUCGUGUUGAUCCUUGCUGAUGACCUGGGCUACGGGGACCUGGGCUCCUACGGGCAUCCCAGUUCCACCACCCCGAACCUGGAUCAGUUGGCCGCAGGGGGACUGCGUUUCACAGAUUUCUAUGUGCCUAUGUCUCUGUGCACACCAUCUCGGGCUGCCCUCCUGACUGGCCGGCUCCCAGUUCGAUCCGGCAUGUACCCUGGAGUUCUGGGGCCCAGCUCCCAAGGGGGCCUGCCCCUGGAUGAGAUGACUCUGGCUGAGGUACUGGCUGCUGCAGGCUAUCUUACAGGGAUGGCUGGCAAGUGGCAUCUUGGAGUGGGGCCAGAGGGGGCCUACCUGCCCCCACAUCAGGGCUUCCAUCGAUUCCUGGGCAUCCCAUAUUCCCAUGACCAGGGCCCCUGUCAGAACCUGACCUGCUUCCCACCAGACAUUCUCUGCGAUGGUGGCUGUGACCAAGGCGUGGUUCCCAUCCCAUUGCUAGCCAACCUGUCCGUGGAGGCCCAGCCCCCUUGGCUGCCUGGAUUAGAGGCCCGGUAUGUGUCUUUCUCCCAACACCUCAUGGCUGAUGCCCAGCGCCAGGGACGACCAUUCUUCUUGUACUACGCUUCCCACCACACUCACUACCCUCAGUUCAGUGGACAAAGCUUCACAGAGCGCUCAAACCGUGGGCAAUUUGGGGACGCCUUGAUGGAGCUGGACGCAGCUGUAGGGGCCUUGAUGACAACUGUGGGGGACCUAGGUCUGCUCGGAGAUACACUGGUUUUCUUCACUUCAGAUAACGGUCCUGAAUUGAUGCGUAUGUCCAAUGGCGGCAACGCUGGCCUCUUGAAAUGUGGGAAAGGAACAACUUUUGAAGGUGGUGUCCGAGAACCUGCUGUGGCCUUCUGGCCAGGUCACAUAUCUCCUGGUGUGACCCAUGAGCUGGCCAGCUCUCUGGACCUGCUGCCCACCCUGGCAUCCCUGAGUGGGGCUUCACUGCCCACCACCAUCUUGGAUGGUUUUGACAUCAGCCCCGUGCUGCUAGGCACAGGCAAGAGCCCCCGGACAUCUGUCUUCUUCUACCCACCCUACCCAGACGAGGUCCAUGGAGUCUUUGCUGUGCGGAAUGGGAAAUACAAGGCUCAUUUCUACACCCAGGGCUCUGCCCACAGUGACACCACUUCAGAUCCUGCCUGUCAUGCCGCCAACCCUCUUACCGCUCAUGAGCCCCCACUACUCUAUGACUUGUCUGAGGACCCUGGUGAGAACUACAAUCUUUUGGAAAGUAUGGAGGAUGUCUCCAUGGAAGUUGUACAGGCUCUGAAGGACCUCCAGCUACUCAAGGCCCAGCAUGAUGCAACUGUGAUCUUCAGCCCCAGCCAGAUAGCCAAGGGUGAGGACCCUUCCUUGCAGAUCUGCUGUCAGCCCAGCUGCUCUCCCCACCCAGUCUGCUGCCACUGCGCAGACACCCAGAACUGAGAGGAUUGGAGAAAUCACAGGGGUCCCCCCAGGGUAGCCCAGGACCCCCUAUCCCUGUCCUGAGUGUGUGAUGGUUCACCAGAGGGACAGGGGGUAAAGUGUGUAGUUUGUAUCUGUAAUGUAAUAACAUCCGCUGAGACUUGGA